AAACAAUCAGCCUCAGGAAAUCCAGCUCUCUAUGAACCACCACCGUUCUCAAACCUGUCGGGCCCAUACCCCUCCAGAAAUGCGAUACAUCGAACCCGCAUACCCUGUCGGCUGCUCAUCCUAUUCCUCUGCACCUUGGUGGUGAUGGGGAUCCUUACACUACUCUUCAUCACCUUACUGCCCGGUGUCGUUUCUGACGGUAUCAGAAUUUCCCAACCCUAUCUUCUCAACCACGAGCCCCAAGUCGGGUCGGACGCGCCG